AUAAAUAUAUAUUUUAGCUGGAAAGACCAGAAGUCAAGAUAUAAAUUUAUCGCUGUUAACUGUCAUAAAACAUUAGUUACAUCACAGCCACGUUUUAUCAAUACAUUUUGAAAGAAUACACGAUUUUUAGUAUUCUUUAUCAUUUAAUAUAAUUUUUUCUCAGAACAAACUCACAAAGAAAUGUUAAUUAUAUUUUUAUUUGGAAACUUUAUGUGUCAUUGUUAACUGAUAGUGUUUUCGAGAAACAUUUUUAUCAAUAAAUCCAAUAAUUAUACUUAUAACGUUAAUUUAUAAUCAGAUAACGUGGUAAAAUUGAUAUAAUUAUGUAGGAUUAUUUAAAUUUCCUUGUACUGUAAAACCAGGAAACGACAAAGAAGUAUAUUAUUUAUUAAAUAAAUUAAUCAACACUAAAGAAUGAAGUCAAGAUUUAUUUUAGUGAGAUUGAGCGAAUUUUCGCGGCGAUAUCCUAUUGUACGUGGAAUGGCUAGUUACACAGUCAUUUGGCCAACAGCUUGUUUAUUGCAACAAAAAAUAGCUGGAAAAGAAAAAUUAGAUUAUAUGCAAGCAUUGAGGUUUAGUAUUUAUGGAGGAUUCUUUGUAGGUCCUACACUAUAUGCUUGGCUCAAAAUUGCUACAUAUUUAUGGCCAAAAGCCAAUUUGAGAUCUGCCAUCACUAAGGCACUAGUAGAACAAGUAUCUUAUGGUCCUGCUGCAAUCUGUUGCUUUUUCUUUGGUAUCAACCUCUUAGAAAUGAAACCAGUGUCUGUGUGUAUAGAUGAGGUCAAAAACAAAUUUUAUCCUACUUGGAAAAUUGGGGUGUUUGUCUGGCCAGUGCUACAGACAAUAAAUUUCGUCUUCAUUCCCGAACGAAAUCGAGUUGUUUACGUUAGUUUUUGUAGUUUAGCAUGGACUUCAAUUUUAUCAUAUGUAAAAUCGUUAGAGACAUCACAAUUAAAAGGAGGCAAAAUUUUACUCAAAGACCCAUCAUCAUCACCAUCACCAUCGCCACCACCACCACCACCACCAUCACUACCAUCACUACCAUCAUCAUCAUCAUCAUCAUCAUCAUCAUCAUCAUCAUCACAAUCAUCAUCGUCGUCAAUAGAUGCAAAAAGCCAAAGUAUUGAUAAGUCCCAAAAUACCUCUAAAACCAAAAUUCUGUCUGUACUACAAUGAUGAUAAUGUUUUUUAGAGUUAAUCUAUUACUAGCAAAUUUUUCAGAACCUGUUUAAAUAUUCAUUUUUUAUUUAUAUCAUUUUUAAUAUAUGUAUAAUUAGAAUUAAAUUGUUAUUGAUGCUCUUAAUGAUUGGGAAAGCAUCGAGAAUUUAUUGCGUAGCAGUAUUUUUUAUAUAAUUUUCAUUGAUAAUCAUAGAUAUUGGUUUUCAAAGAGCUAAAGUUUAUUUAA